UUUUCCUUGUAAAGUUCACCACAUGAAAAGGCUUUCAACAUUGGAAGUCUCUUUUUACCAUAUUUUCCUCUCCUUGGUCAGUGCUCUUAAUUAUUAUAUAUCUUAGGUCUACUGUCUACACAUACACAAAUAUUGCACUUUUUGUUGAAUAAAAUGAACAACAAUUUAGCUUUAAAGGAAUGUGAUAAGCGGGGAUUUCAGUUUGUAUAUAAAACGAAGCAAUUCUUAAUUAAAGUCUGUCACAAAACUACCCGGCCAUUCCAUUUCAUCAGUAGCUAGCUAGCCAGCACUUACUUGCUUGGGUGAUUUGGUUUUGGGGUUGAGAUUUUGUUUUGUAGUAUAAAAGUCAGUGUUGUUCCGGUAGGUCAUGUUGAUGUGAAUUUGAUUUCCGGGUGGACUGAUCGAGUGAAAGUAUGAUGAUGUUUAAAGUGCGGUUGGGAGCUUUUGUGUUGAUCAUAUGUGGUUUGAUGCCUGGUGCAAUAGUAGGUGCAGCGGCGGCGUUCGUGGGGGUGAACAUAGGGAUGGAUAUGGUGAAGAGGCCUUCAGCGACGGACGUGGUGGCGCUGCUGAAAGCUCAACAAAUAAAUCACGUGCGCCUAUUCUACGCCGACGCAGCCCUGCUCAGGGCUCUGUCCCACACGGGGAUCAAAGUGGUGGUGGGCGUGACCAACGGUGAGGUGGAAAUGUUCGCGAGAACCCCCUCCAAAGCUGCCCGCUGGGUCAACGACAUGGUGGCCGCUCCCAUCGCCGCUUCCACCAACAUCACCGCCAUCGCCGUGGGGAACGCGCUCCUCACCACUCUCCCAAGCGCGGCCGGCCGCCUGGUCCCCGCAAUGCGCCACCUCCACAAAGCCCUGGUCUCCGCCAACCUAAGCGACGCCGUCAAGAUCUCCACGCCUCAAUCCACCGACAUCAUGAGCGCGCAGUUCCCGCCGUCCGCCGCGUCGUUCAAUUCCUCCCGCGGCUCGGCCGUCGUCCGCGAGGUUCUGGAGUUCCUGGAGAGCACGGGGUCGUUCUUCAUGCUCAACGCCUACACCUACCACAGCUAUGUGGACUCCCGCGGAGUCUUCCCCAUCGAGUACGCCCUCCUGCAGCCCGUCUCGGAGGCGCAGCGCAUCUCCGAUCCCAACACCGGCCUCCUCUACGAGACCAUGCUCGACUCCCUGGUCGACGCCACUUACUACGCCAUGUCCGCUCUCGGCUUCCGCAACAUCUCGGUGGUGGUCGCGGAGACCGGCUGGCCGUGGAACGGCGGCGUGGAGGAGCCGUAUGCCACCGUGAGCAACGCGGAGACGUACAACCACAACCUGAUCCUCCGCGUUUCGAACGGGUCGGGGACGCCCAGCCGCAGGGAGCUUCCCCUGAACGCCUACAUCUACGAGCUGUACAACGAGGACGGUAUGCCGGGGCCAGCCUCGGCGAGGAGCUGGGGAAUCUUUUUCUCGGACGGGAAGGCGGUGUAUCCUCUGAACCUGAGCGGCGCGGGGAGCGAAGGCGGCGGCUCCGGUGUGAACUCCGCGGCGGGUUAUUGUGUGGCAAAGCUGGGAGUGGCGAAUACGGAUCUGGUGAAGGGGAUCAAUUGGGCGUGUGGGGAGGGGAACACCAACUGCUCCGCAAUCAGGCCGGAUGGGCGGUGCUACGGCCACACUCUGCGAAGCCGGGCGUCUUAUGUGUACAACGAGUACUACCAGAUCAUGCGUUUUUGCGGCGGCUCCUGUGACUUCAGCGGCACCGCAGCCAUCACCUUCACUCCUCCUAGGUAUGGGCAAUGCAACUUUACUAAAAUAUUAAAUUCAAGCGCAAGUAUUUGCCCGCCACCAGGAUCCUCAGAUCCCACAGUUCCCUUUGCUGAAGCUACAAGAAUUCAUUAUCCCGAUGGCAACUGUAUCAUAGUAAUAUUGUUAGCUCUCACUUUCCUUCAAUUCCUGGUGUAAUUUUGGAGGUGUCUGCAUCUUUGUUCAUUAUUUUUUCUGUGUGCAAGUACUUUAUGUCAAGAGUUUAGGCUAUAAUUAUUAGAUCAUCUUGUUA